ACCUAAAAAAGAUACCUAAUAAUUUAAAUAAUAAAAAACAAAACAACGCUACAGCAUGUUGCUAUUUAAUGAUAAUGCAGAUCACCUGGCGGUUACAAUUAGUCAAUAUAGUGACGUCAACCCGUUUUCCUUGAUUGGCUACAGGUGUGCUAACAGGCUAUAUCUUAACCACCUUUCCCUCGUUGCUAGCAGUGUGGCGCUAGCUCAUCCCUAAUAUUCGAUUUGGGUUUUUCCUCUCAUUUAAAACGAAUUGCUCUAGUUGUUUAAUUCAUGUAAGAGUGUCCCUUUUCUGUGCAGUAAUGCAGUUGUUGCUGCUGCUCCAGGUGUGCCUGCUUGGACUUGGCCUGUCCGUUGCAAGUCCUGGGAGGAGGUUUCUGAUUGGGCUACCCCCGCAUAAUGGACCAACAGGAAAUGUUAGCCAUCAAGUAACUAUCACAGCCAGUGGUAUUCGGACCUCUGUCACUGUAAAGGUCCUGGAAAGCAGCUUCGUGCAACGCAUCUACCUCUCUGCUCACCAGUCAAAGAGGAUUCACCUGCCAUUGUCUGUGGGAAUGACCAGUGACCGCUCCUCAUCCCUCCUCAGUGUGAAGUCUAUAUGGCCUAUUACAGUCAUCACUUCCCUGUGUACCCGGGCUGGCUGUGACCACAGCCUCCUUCAUGAUGUGUACUCCUGGGGUACCCAGUACUAUCCCAUUACUCCUAACUUCCCUAACCAGACUUCUGUCAGCCAGUUGGUGAUCACCAGCUCAGACCAGGCGACGUCAGUGGAUAUAUUUCUCUCGGGGGAAGUACUUUAUGAAGGCAAUAUGUACCAAAGGGGUAGUGUCCUUAAAUUGUAUAUAGGGGUGCUGCAGAGUGUUUACCUCCAGAGCAACUCCAGCCUCUCUGGCUCAGAGUUAAACUCGCAAGAAGCUGUAGGUGUUGUGGUUGGUUUUACCUGUUCCAAACGCACAACUGGCGAUUGCUUUUCUGGAUAUGCUGACCUGAAACCAGUCACACACUGGGGUUUCGAUUACAUUAUUCCUCCCUUGGUAAACACAGGAAUGAGUUAUAGUUUCCUCUUGGCAAUGUCUACUAUCAACUCUGACCUGGGCAUCAAUGCCAGAACCAAUCAAAACACAGUGUCUCUCGUCGGUGGCGUUAUGAAGGUCAUCCCAGUUGCAACCUCAGAUAAAAUCCUCAUUACUAGUGACAGUCCUCUACAACUACUUUUCUUCAGGCAUGACCCUGCACAGCGGCCUUUAACUCUAACAGUACUGCCAUCUGUUGAUGAUAUCUGCCAGACUGUACCUAUGUUUGAGUCAGGUGAUAUGGGUGAGCAGCGAGUUAACAGUACUGACAUAGGAGAUUUGAAGUCUGGUGUUAAAUCCUCCCAGAAGCCCACCUUUCCUCAGCUGCCUGAUAAUGCAGACGCUCUUUACACAGACAAGGAUGUGGGAUACUAUCUGAGUACCUUAGACCGACAUCUCUAUUCUGCACUUUGUGAGAAAACUGCAGCUUCUUGUGAAGAGUUGCACUGUGGUUUCAAACAGAAUUGCUCUAUCGAAGAAGGAAAACCACUCUGCUCUCUCAAUACUAAAAUAUGCUCUGCAUGGGGUGACUCUUAUUACCGCACGUUUGAUGGAAGAGAUUUUGUCCUACAGGGAAAUUGCAACUACACUUUAGUUCAGACCACCUGUCCAGGCCUAAAUGUUUCUGUUCCACUACAGAUUAAUAUAGUCCGAACAUAUUUAAUCAGUGCCACUGUCCCAACCAUCCACACAGUGCAGAUAAGCAUCCAGGGCUUUAAUAUCUCCAUAGUUAAAGAAGACAAAAAUCAUGUUAGGGUUAAUGGACAGAUGAGGAACCUGCCGCUCACCUUGGGAAAUGGCUCCCUGAACUUUUAUCAAAGUGGUUCCAGCGUUGUCUUAGACACUGCCUUCGACUUGGCUCUGUGGUAUGACUGGAAGCAGCAUCUCCAAGUUGAAGUAGGCCCAGAGCUGUAUGGAGCCCUGUGCGGUUUGUGUGGAAAUGCUAAUCGCAGCUUCUCAGAUAGUGUCAUUGACUCUAAUGGCACUAUUAAGACCCUGACUGCAGAUUUGACCCUCCCAUGGGUAGUGAAAAGCGGUGCCGGCUCCUGUAUUGAAGAUUGUGUUGGUGCCUCAUGUCCAGUAUGUACUAGAAGCCAAACUAAAUUUCCUGACAUAAACGGUAACUCCCUUCGUGUUGGGUGCUCCCUACUGAAGCGUAGCGGUGGACCGUUUGCAGAUUGCCACUCAUUGGUUGAUCCUGAGCCAUUUCUUCGUAGUUGUACUAACAACUUGUGUCUCAAUGAAUCUGCCUCUUCUAUGUGUGAGAUCCUGACAGACUAUGCCAACAUCUGCCAGAGGAUAUCGGCCAGAGUCCGAAACUGGAGAACCAUCGCCAAGUGCCCUAUGAUAUGUCCUUUGAACAGCCACUAUGGAAUAUGUGGUUCUGCAUGCCCUGCUACCUGUGGAAACCCAGAAGCACAUAGUAAUUGCACCCUGCCUUGUGUGGAAUCAUGCCAAUGCAACAGAGGGUAUCUGCUGAGUGGUGGGAAGUGCGUACCACAUGGCAAGUGUGGAUGUCUUCACCAAGGUUCCUACUACUACCCCAAGGAGAACUUCUGGAUGGGCAAACACUGCCAGGAGAGAUGUGUCUGCCAGUCGAGCUCCAAGAGAGUCGUGUGUUCUCCGUCUCAAUGCCAGGAUGAUGGAGAAGUGUGCAAGGUUGUGAACGGAGUCAUGGGCUGUCACGCUGAGGGGCCUGGGCUGUGCAUAGCCAAAGUAGAUCCUCAUUAUACCACCUUUGACGGCCGUAACUUUGAUGUGUAUGGAAACUGUACUUACCUUCUCACUUCUCUCUGUCCGACCUGGGGGGACAUGGAAGCUUUCAGUGUAGAGAUCCAGAACCAGAUAAAAGAUGCUACAAAUAUUGUGUCCUUUCGGCAUCUUAAAAUGGUAGUCUCUGGUUAUUCGAUUGAGAUGUCAAAUGAUCCCAGUAACAGAGUUGAGGUAAAUGGUCUCCUGCUGCGUCUCCCAUCCAUAUUGAGCCGUGGCAAAGUGAAGCUUUACAUGACUGGACAGACAAAGUUUAUAGAAACGGACUUUGGUGUAGUUGUAAUGUACAGCUCUGAUAUUCUGACCGUCCAGAUGCCAAGGAAAUUCUCUGGUAAUCUCUGUGGCCUGUGUGGGAACUUUAAUUCUAAUCCAGAAGAUGAUGUGAUGCCUGAUGACGACUCUGAUAUCUCUCAAGCCGUUAGACACUGGAAAACCAGCAGUGAUCAUGAGUGUGUGGAUGUGCCUGUGAACACCUCGGGUUGCAAUUCACAAGAAAUGGCUCUCUAUGAGGGACAAGGUUUCUGUGCAAGGUUACUGGAUAAAGAGGGAAUGUUCAAGAGCUGCCACAAAAUGGUUGAUCCAGAAGGUUUCUACAACAACUGCGUUCAAGACUUCUGUUAUAGUAACCAGACUUCCCUGUGUCAGAUUCUGUCCAGCUAUGUUGCUGUGUGUCAAGAAAUGGGAGCAAAAGUGAAUGAAUGGAGGACUUUCACAUUUUGUGGCCUCUCCUGUCCACCUAACAGUGAGUACAGCCUUUGUGCCAGUCAAAUAUCCGACUGUGUAGAAAACCCAAGUCCACUAGCGGGGAAAUGCAAAGAGGGCUGUUUCUGCAAACCUGGGUAUUUCCACAGUGGUGGGAAAUGUGUACCAGACUCUGAGUGUGGCUGUAUUCACAAUGAUGUCUAUUACGAAAUCCAUGAGAACUUCUACCCUGAUGAUCACUGUCAGCUGCACUGUGUCUGUGUGGGCCACAAGAGAGUGCAAUGUACCAACCACACAUGUCCAAAUGAAACAAAAUGUGGCAUCCAAGAUGGCCAGAGGGCAUGUCAUGCAUUGCAGCCCUUUAAAUGUGCAGUCAUGGGUGGCAGACACUUCAGAAGCUAUGAUGGACAAAGCUUUGACUUUAAUAUUGGAAGCUGCCGUUAUGUUCUAUCCCAGGUGUGUGAAGAGGAAGAGUCUGACCUCACAGUGAUUAUCCAGCGAGAACAGCUGCACCUCAGGGUCCUUGGGGUCAACGUGUCUUUGGAGAUGGCGCAGUUGGGAAAAGUAAAGAUUGAUGGUGUUUUGAGAAGUCUUCCUGUCCUUCUGGAUCACAUUGCAAUACUGCACUCUGGCUUGCUCUCUCGUAUUGUUGUAGACACAGGGGUUGUUGUCACAUAUGGAGCACCUGAUCUGAUACGUAUAGUGAUUCCAGCCUCCAGUAAACAAAUGUGUGGCUUGUGUGCAAACGUCAGUGCUGUUGUCACAAAUGACAAGCGGCUCCCGAAUGACAGCUUUGCAAGUGAUGUUUCCAUCUUUGCAUCUUCCUGGUCACUUUCCCCACCUGGAACAAACUGCUCUAAAGAAUGUGAUCUUUGUUUGGAGUGCAACUCUACCAUGGCAGCUGAAUAUGCAUCUGCUAAUUUCUGUGGCAUGCUGCUUGCUCCUGCAGGAUCAUUUAGUGAAUGUCACUCUGCUGUGGACCCAGAGCCCUUCUUUCAAAACUGUGUGAAUGACUUGUGUUUGUCUAAUGGGAAAGAAGAUUUGUUUUGCAGUAGUUUGAGACAUUAUGCUUUAGCAUGCCAGGAGGCAGGAGCUGAGACCAAACCAUGGAGGGGAGCGAAGUGCUCACUCUUAUGCCCUGAAAACUCACAUUAUAAUAUAUGUGCCAGUGCAUGCCCUGAGUCCUGUGGUAUUUUAUCUAAUAUCCCCUGCCCAUGGGCCUGUUCUGAGGCAUGCCAAUGUGAUUUUGGAUACAUGCGGAGUGGAAAUGACUGUGUCAAAGCUGACAAAUGUGGUUGCUUUCACCUUGGGCACUACUAUGAGAUUGGGGAGAUUUCAUGGGGUGAGGGAUGCUCUGAGCAGUGCAACUGCUCUGCUGCUGCAGACAUGUGCUGUGAGCUGACCUCAUGCCCCAAGGGAGAGAGCUGCACCCUUCUUAAUACCUGGGGCUGUGCAAAGAAAGAUAACAAUACCAAAAUCUGUGAAGAUGGAGAGACGUGUGUUAGCGAACCUCUGCAAACCCAGUGUUGGGUACUUGGAGGUGCACACUUCUACACUUUUGAUGGAAAGGUGUUUGAAUUCCUUGGAAACUGUACCUACACUCUGGUCCAUGUAUUGAAUGACACCAGUGAGAAUACAACAUUUUGGGUCGGGGUAGAGAAAGACAGGACCCCAAACGAGGCUUCCUCUCUCAAAGCUAUUCAUGUCAAGGUGGCUGAAGACAAUGUUACUAUCUACAGAGGGGAAAAAGGCCAUGCUUGGAUGAAUGGUGAGAAAAAGCUACUACCUGUGACUCUACAGUUUGGACAUGUGAAGAUUUAUCGGAGUGGCAUAUUUGUUGUUGUGGAUACGAGUCUUGGCAUCCAAGUGAAGUAUGACUGCUCUCAUGUUGCCACUAUCCUACUCUCUAAUACAAUGGAAGUCUAUGGCAUGUGUGGAAAUAAUAAUGGCAUCGAGGAAGAUGACCUCAGAACCCCACAGGGUGAGCCUGUUGAUGCUACCACCUUUGGCUGGAGCUGGAGAGUUCCUGAUCAGGAAGCACAGUGCACAGCAGAUUGUGGAAAUGCAUGCCCACGCUGCUCUGCUGAGCAGCUUCUGGAGAAAGAUGUAGCCACUCGCUGGAUAUCUAUGCAUGAGUAUAUUUGGUCGCCACAAAAUCCAUUCUACCAGUGCCGGGAAGUUGUAAACUACACUAAAAUCUCUGCAGCUUUGAGCAUGUUUGACCUGUGCUUUAGUAAUGACACUCAGAAGACUAUCUGUCCUGUGUUGGAAGCUUAUGUUGCUGCAUGUCAAAAUGCCGGGAUCAAGAUGGGAGAGUGGAGGAAUGUCACCUUCUGCCCCAUUUCCUGCCCACGGAAUAGCCAUUAUACUUCCUGUGGCUCAUCCUGCCCUGCCACCUGUGAGGAUCCCUUCAGAUCAAGACCCUGCACCCUAGCUUGUGUGGAGACCUGCCAGUGUGAUCCAGGGUUCGUCCUGGUUGCUGACAGCUGCGUGCCCUUGUCCCAGUGUGGCUGCACUCACAAUGGCUCACAUUACCGCAGCAACCAGACCUUCUGGGCUGAUGUGAGAUGCACUGAACUGUGUGUUUGUGACCCCAACACGCACCAGACACAGUGCCAUUUGGAUUCUUGUGGCCCGAAUGAAUACUGUAGUCUUCAAUAUGGAGUGAGAGGCUGCGUGCCUCACGCCCUCCAGACAUGUAUGUACUCUGCUCAUCACAUAGUCACCUUUGACCAGCAUAACUAUGAUUUGCAUGGCAGUUGUCAGUACCAGUUACUGGGCAUGUGUGCAGAAAAACAAGGCCUCAGUGCCAUUCAGAUUCACGCACAGACAGAUGGACACCUAGAGUCAGCUCUUCAUCUCCUGGUCAAUGUGAGUGGUGUGCUUGUGGAGCUGAACAGAAAAAACACCAAGAGCAUAGAGGUUGAUGGUGUCAAGAGGAACAUGCCAUAUCGAUUCAGCUCUACUGCACUGGCCUUCUCUUUAGGGCUGCACACUUACAUCUACACAGAAAUGGGCUUUGAACUGAGUCUCAGCAUAGAAGGCAUCGUCAGCAUUAGUCUCUCUAGUAAAUAUGCUAAUGUGACUUGCGGCCUGUGUGGCAACUUCAACUCUGAUCCUGCUGAUGACCUCGCAGUAAAUGGCACACAGGAGCCUCUCAUUCCCAAGCACUUUGGGAAAGCUUGGAGAAGUGGGCAGACUCCUUGGUGUGUGGAGGGCUGUCUAGGAGGAAGUUGUCCAAAAUGUUCAUCAGAGCUUCUGGUUCGCUUCUCUGACCCGGAGUCUUGUGGGAAGAUUCUGGAAGUUAAUGGACCAUUCAGACAGUGUCAUGGUAAAGUGGACCCAUCCAGCUACUACAAGCGCUGUGUCAGUGACCUGUGUCUUCACGAAGGUCUCCAGCCUGCACUCUGUCACUCCCUAGCUGAGUAUGCUGCUGUCUGUCUUUCCCACAAUGCUACCGUUUCUGCCUGGAGGAGUCCUGGAUUCUGCUACCCGUCGUGUCCCACAAGCACCAGCUACAACAUAAGUUCUGCCUCUGUUCACCUCUGCCUCGGCUGGCAGAAUAAAACGGUAGAGAUGCCUCUAAACAUGGCGGAGAACUGCCUGUGUGAGACCGGUUUGGUUCACAGUGGCAACCUUUGUGUCACUCCACAAAACUGUGGCUGCUUUCACCAUGGAGAAUACUUAACCGCAGGACAGGAGUGGUCUACAUGCAAGCAAAGCUGUUUAUGUCACCCCGGGGGAAACAUGACAUGUCGUAAUGUCUCCUGUGGAGAGGAUGAGGAGUGUAAGCUUAUUAGGGGUGUUCAAGGUUGCCACCCAAAACCCCAAGUAGCACAGUGCUCUGUUGAGGGAUACCAAUACACCACGUUUGAUGGACAUGCAUUUGAAUUUCAUGGUUCAUGUACCUACACCCUUGUGCAGACAUGCCUCGAUAAACUGGAUGUAGAGCCUAUUUUGAUAGCUGCAAUGGGCAACUAUAGUGAGGGAAGGCAGCUAUACAUGCAAGUCAAUAAAAUGCAACUAAGGACGUCAGCGGCUUUUCCUGGAAAAGUUGAGGUAAAUGGAGUUUACGAAAACCUGCCGUUCUCCCAGAGCAACAUCACUGUACAUCAGAGAAAUGGAGGGAUAACCAUCAAGACCCCACAGUCGGUUGAGCUUACAUCAGACCUACAAAACUACAUUCUGGUCAAGAUGCCUGCCAUUUACUACCAGACAACCUGUGGCCUUUGCGGGAAGUACAAUGACGAUCCCUCUGAUGAUCUGCAGCUACCUAAUGGCACAGUGAUCUCUGACCCUGACAUCCUUGGGCUGUCAUGGAAGUUGUUUAAUGCAGACCUACCCUGCAGUGAAGAAUGUGAAAGUUCCUCUGACCUGAACUGCGGGUUUAUCCCCAAUCCAAGGGGACCGUUCUCCUGUCACCAGUUAGUGUGCCCACAGAAAUACUACUCCCUAUGUGUUGCAGAAGGUCGACGCCGGGCCUUGUGUGAUGUGCUGCAGGAUAAUGCAGCAUGUAAUGAGGCAGGGGGGAGGGUUGAGCUCUGGCUGAACACGACAAGCUGUGCUUAUCAAUGUCCUCAAUUCAGCCACUACAGCAACUGUACCAAUAUAUGCUCCUCACAGUGUCCUGAGAUCAGCCUGGAAGUGCUGUGCCCCAGAGACUGUGAGGAAGGUUGCCAGUGUGAUACUGGACACCUUUAUGAUGGCCAUACCUGUGUAUCAGCAGAGCAGUGUGGCUGCCUACAGGAUGGGAGUAGGUUUAAGGCCUCUGAGAGCAAACUGCUACAAAACUGUACUGUAAAAUGCACCUGCGGGCCUCCUCUUGUCUGCGAGCAAUACGCAUGUCCUGCACUGCACAGUUGUCUAGUUUCAGAUGGAAUUGAAGGUUGUCACAAAAAUGAUUCAUGCGAGGGAAAAUGUGAUACAACUGAGAAAUGUUACCUGAGCAACGGUGUGCCCGUCUGUGAGAGUCGUCAGGGUCUGUGCUGGGCCUGGGGAGGCCGGCACUACCAAACAUUUGAUGGGCUAAUCUAUGACUUUGAGGGUACCUGUACUUAUCUGCUUGCAGCCAGCAAAGGAGCAGCAUGCGGCCUGACGCCCUUUAGUGUCUCCAAGAAAGGCUGUAGUGGCAUCAUUCUACAUGCUUAUGGGUUCAUCAUCAAGCUUGGCAGUCAAAAGGGCAGCAUACAUGUUAAUGGUCAAGUGACUUAUAUUCCUGUUAAUAUUUUAGGGGGUAAGAUUCAAUUGUCCCACUGGGAAGGCAAAGCCCUGCUGACAACUGACUUUGGUUUGCAUUUAGUCUUUGAUGAAAACUCUACUGUUCUUGUUAAACUGGAACCUCACUACAAGGGCGAAGUGUAUGGGCUGUGUGGCAAUUUUAACGGCCAGCCUCAAGAUGAAUAUCCUGAUUCCGUUACCAAUAAGAAAAGUGUGGAUUUUGCACAGGCUUACCAACUCUUUGAUGGGGACCAAAAGUGUUGUACUGGCUGCAAGCAUAAAGUGAACCAUGAGAAGUUGCUUGCAGAUUCUGUUUUUGACGACGUCUGGAGGCCGUGUGAAGUGCUCACAGAUCAGACUGGUCCAUUUGCCCAGUGUCACAGUCGAGUCAAUCCAGAUUCCUUCUACAAAAGUUGUGUAGUUGACCACGUGCAAAACGGACGGUCAGAAGUUUCUCUUGAGCCUGCAAUAUAUUCAUAUUCCUUAGUCUGUGAAGCAACCAGAAAAUACAACGAUGGAGUCAUAGUUGAUGUGCACUGUCCACCAAACACUCACUACAAGACCUGUGGCUCGGCCUGCCCUCCAUCCUGUGAAUUUAAUGCCACCUUCUGUAACAAGGCCUGCUUUCAGGGCUGCUUCUGUAACCCUGGUUUCAUUACAAGUCAAAUUGGCUGUGUGCGCCCACAUCAGUGUGGCUGCACAGACUCCAGAGGCAAAUAUCAAAACCUUAACUCAACGUUUUGGUCGCCAGACGAUUGUGGUCAGAUCUGCAUAUGUGGACCGGCUACUGGUGAGAUGCACUGUCGCCCAGCCCAGUGCCCCAGAGGAAUGGUCUGCAAGCAACUACAGCACAAGAGGCUGUGUCAACCUGAUGACCCCAAGAACUGUACCCUUAUUACUGGGCUGCAUUUUACAACCUUUGAUGGACGUCAUUUUGACUUUAGAGACAGCUGUUCAUAUUCGUUGGUUAAAACCAAAGCCAACCUAACUGGAGUAACACCAUUCAAUAUCACUAUCUCUGAUGCAAGUUGCCACAAAAGACUUUUUCAUAGCCUUGAUUUAACGCUCUUAAUGUAUGGUCUGGAGUUGGUGGUGAGAAAAGAUGAGCCAGGAAAGCUUAUGGUUGAUGGACAGUAUAAGGCCUUGCCAUACUCUCACCUGACAGGCCAUGUUUAUGCUUACCGCACACCUUCGUCUAUCAUUAUUCACACUGAUGUGGGAUUGCAGCUGAUUGUCUACAAUACUGGCACGCUAAGGGUUAACCUCCCCAGCAGUUAUGGCUCUUCCGUCUCUGGUCUUUGUGGAAAUGCCAACACUGAUUCUCAUGAUGACCUAAUGAUGCCCAAUGAAGAGCUUGCACAAAAUCGACUGGAGUUUGCGCACAGCUGGAUAUCUCCGGGAUCAGAUGCCUGCAAGUCCAACUGUUCCUCCAGACUGAAGCAUUGUCCUGCUGAGGCACAGAAGCUGUUUGAAGGAAGCGAUUUCUGUGGGGUGUUGUUAAAUGAGCUAGGGCCAUUUGCAGACUGUGCUCUGGUAUUAAGUCCAAAGCUUUACUUCCACAACUGUGUAACAGAUUCCUGCUCAUUUGACGGACACUACUCGGCACUCUGCAAAUCCAUUGCGUCUUAUGCUGAUGCCUGUCAAGUAGCGCAGCUGCCAGUCAGGCAUUGGAGGAGUGACACUUUCUGUGGUAUGUCAUGCCCCAAGAAUAGCCACUAUGAGCUGUGUGGACCUCGGUGUCCUGUUGUGUGCCUCGGACUCUCCUCCCCAGCAAACUGCAGCGGCGUUUGUGAGGAAGGCUGCCAGUGUGACCCUGGCUUCGUCCUGAGUGAUGGCCAGUGUGUGCCGGUUUCUGACUGUGGCUGUGUGCACGAGGGACAGUAUCGCCCUACUGGCCACUUUAUUUUUGAGAAAAGCUGCCAAAAGUGUGACUGCCAAAGAGGUGUGGUGACGUGUAGCCCCAUGGAAAGCUGUUCAGUAAAGGAUGGCCUUGCCUUGAAGUACGGGGUGUGCCAAGUGUUUGCUGGCUUUGGCUACAUCACUUUUGAUGGUGUUAUUCUGCCCCACCACGGAGCUUGCACCUAUGUCGUAUCUGCCCUCUCCUCUAAAGCCUUGCAUGAUUAUUCUCUGCUUCUUAGCUUUAAGGACAAGGGCAUUUUCACCAUUAGCAAAGUAGUAUUUAAUUUGCCAUCAUUGGAAGUAUCUAUUGACCCUGAAUCUCUUUGGAAAGUAAAAGUAAACGGAGAAGAACGCAGAGUGCCUUUUGACAUUGGUGAACUUAAAGCCUACCAAGAUGGCAACAGACUGAUUAUCAUCACACCGUCCGGGGUGGGGAUUGACUUGUCAUCUACCCAAUACCUCAGGUUAACUGUACCUCAAGUAAAUGACGCCACAGCUUCAGGCCUCUGUGGGAACUUCAAUGGAGACAAGUAUGAUGACUUGGAACUGAGAAAUGGCAGUCUGUCCGAGAGCUUCGCAGAGCUCCUGCACAGCUGGGCCGCUCCAGGGCAGCUCUGCACAGACACCUGUGGCAGAGAGUGCGAUGAGUGCAGACUGUCCCCACACGACACCAUGGUCUGCGAUGGCCUGUUUAUCAAUACUACUGAAUUCCACCAGUGCCGGGAUGCCGAUGUGGAGCGUGAUAGUUACACACUUAUGUGCAACAGGGCAGUUUGUGCUUUAGCAGGGCACAUGGCCGCAUGUCUAACACUAGAAGCAUAUUCUGCAGCCUGCCAGGCUAACGGAAUAGCAGUAGGAACUUGGAGAGUGAACACUCCUUGCGCUCUCCAGUGUCCUGACCGCAGCAGCUCAAAGGAGUGUGUUGACUCCAGCUCCAACUCGUGCCCUGCUGUGCUCCAGCCUGGUUCUUCAGCAACGGGCUGUUCAGAAGGCUGUGAAUGCGACAAUGGAAAUGUCUUUGAUGGGGAAGAGUGUGUGCCUUACAGCCAGUGUGGAUGUGUUCAUCAUGGUGUAUAUAUCAAGAUGGAUGAGCAAGUGUACAACGAGGACUGCACCCAGAGAUGCUGGUGCCACCCUUUGGGAGGAGUGAUAUGUGAGGAGGCAGGCUGCAGUCUGGGGCAGCAAUGUGCUCUGAGGAACAGUUUCUGGGGCUGUCAUGACAGACCUGAAGGUUGUGAGCUCAGGGGCAGCCUCCAAGUCUCCACCCUCGGUGGGCAGCAGCUGAGCUUGGACCCUCUGUCAUCUUACAGUCUGAUGUCUCUCUGUGACAAAGCCAGUGUGCACUGGUUCAGCCUGAUCUCUUACCAUGGGCCUUGUGAUGGCAGCUCCAGACUUGUCACUGUGUUUCAAAUCCUCCUGCAUGGAACAUCAUUUAACAUACAGGAAGGCACAGUGAAGGUGAAUGGACGUUUCAUGAGCCUCCCUCACAUCUUGCCAUCAGGGGUGUCCCUGUCAUCUGGAGUGAACCAGGACAAGUCGGAGGUUCUAGUGAUCCUAAGAAGAGACGCUGGGAUGGAGUCAGAGCUUGAGAUAGAGAUUGGUGUUACCAUGGUGACAGUCAAGGUCCCUCUCUGGUACUCGGGCAAAUUGUGUGGUCUCUGUGGAAACCUUAAUGACCUGCACUCACACACUUCAGUCGGGUCAUGGGUUCUACCUGACUUUCCUAGCUGUGGCUUCCCUGUCAUGGGCAUCCUGUUGCUGCUCUGUGCUUUGGGAGCUUUCCUCAGCUGUCCCUCUAAUGCUGGAGGGGCAGGGAGGGAGUUUGCCCUGUCAUUCAUGCAGAAUUAUGCUGCCAACUAUGGCAGUCCUCAUUAUCAGCUAUACAUCACUGCCGUUCAGGCCAAUGCUAAAGUGACAGUGAAAGUGCCUCCCUUAAACUUCAAGCAAGAGAAAACUCUAAAUGCCGGAGAAAGGGUGACCAUCAGUCUCCCUACUGGUGUGGAGAUGUACGGCAGCAAGAGGUCUCCCAACACAGUGCGCAUAGAAGCCUCAGCAGAUGUAUCUGUAACCUCAUUUAACUCCAAGCAGUACACAGCAGACACCUCUGUUGUAUAUCCCACCACUGAAUGGGGUACUGAAUAUUUCAUCUUUACACCUGCUUUGUCCCCCUAUGGCUCCUACAAAGAGUUCUCUGUGACAAAUGGAAAAGAGAGCAAUAAGUUGAAGAUUUUCCCACGCGGCACCAUCAGGUUCGAAGGUCGUGUCUAUGGGAGUGGCAGCCGAAUGGUGAUACAUCUCCAGCCGUAUGAGAGCGUGCAGCUCCAGAGUGUUUAUGAACUCUCUGGUACCAGAGUUGCCUCCCAGCACCCUGUUGCUGUUGUCACGGGUCACACUUGCACAUGGCGCUUUGCCAAAUGUAACCAUGUUUAUGAGCAGCUCCUGCCAGUUAGCAGAUGGGGAUCAAGCUUCAUUGUGCCUCCCCUGACCUUCCAGAGCAGAUUUGACAGCGUCUUCCUCCAGGCCUCGCAGCCCACCCAAGCCACUGUCCACCACGGAAACAAUAAAAAAGUGUUUACUUUGGUCAGGGGGCAAAUAGUAGAGAUCCACUCCUCCAAUCCUGAAACCCUGUCCAUUCAGGCCGAUCAUGGGAUCCAAGUCCUCAUGCUCUUCAACGGUGUCACAAGGAGCUGGCUCAAUUACUACGACCCUUUCCUGAUGGCCAUCUUGUCCAACGACCGCUUCUGCUCCUCUUACUCACUCGAGGCUCUAGAGGGCUUUGAAAACAAAGCCCUGAUAGUUGCACGGACCAGUGCGAUGUCAGAGCUGCGUAUUGAUGGUAAAAACCUGCCACGUAAUGUCGAGUGGAAGAAGGUUACAGGGACAGAUUUCUCUUGGGCGGAGAUGUCCUACCAGCAAAACCCCGGCAACAAUAAACACACUGUGUCCAGCUCUGGUUCCCGCUUUGCUCUCUAUAGUAUAGGAGUCAGCCAGAUGAAUGGUUAUGGUGCCCAAGGACAAUGUAUACAGCCAGGAAGUGGAUCUUUUUCCUGCAGCAGUAUCACCUGCAGUGCCAAUGAGGUGUGUGAAGUGAAGGGCGGGUUUCCCUCCUGUGUUCCCAAGGCCGUGGAAAGGAAGCCUGGCACCUGCUGGGCCACGGGGGAUCCUCACUACCGCACCUUCGACGGGCGACGCUUCGACUUCAUGGGUACCUGCACAUAUGUUAUUGCUAAAAACUGUGGAAAGGAUGACCAUCUCCCAGACUUUGAGGUCCUCGCCCAGAAUGAGAACAGAGGAAGCCUCAGGGUGUCGUAUGUCGCCGUGGUGACAGUGAAGGUUUAUGGCGUCACCAUCACAGUCGUUAGGUCUGAGACGGGUCGUGUGAGGAUUGACAACAGUUUGUGGAGUUUGCCAAUAACCUUAAACAAAGACAAGCUGACGAUGAUUCAGAGCGGUCGCUCUGUGGUUAUCGAGACUGACUUUGGCCUGACUGUCCGCUACGACUGGGAACACAAUCUUGGGGUCACUCUGUCCAGCAGUUACGCCGGUAAGACUUGUGGUCUCUGUGGCAACUUCAAUGAUAACCCCAAUGAUGACUUCACCACGCCCUCCGGUACCCAGGCGGGGGGGGCUGUGGCCUUUGGGAGCAGCUGGAAGGUGCCGGUGAAAGGUGCUGUGUGCAGAGAUGACUGUGUGGGUGGGUGUGAGCGCUGUGAAAACAGCCUGAUGAAGAUGUGGGAGGGUGACAUGUUUUGUGGGCUCAUCACACUGAUAAUAAAUGGGCCAUUCAGCAAAUGUCAUGCCGUCAUUGACCCACAAGCAUACCUGGAGAACUGUAAAUAUGAUGUAUGCAUGGGAGGCGGCCUCCGACACUUCCUCUGCAGGACACUGGAGGCUUACACUGAAGCCUGCCAGAUUGCUGGGAUCCAGGUUCAAGAUUGGAGGAAGAUGGCACGAUGUACUGCUAAAUGUCCAGCAAACAGCCACUACGAGCUCUGCGGCAACGCCUGUCCUGCAACCUGUUCUGACCCAAAUACAUCCUCCAAAUGCAAACGCCCCUGUGUGGAGAUCUGCACCUGUAACACAGGCUUUCUUUUGAGCGGAGGUCAGUGUGUUCCUGCUGCUAGGUGUGGUUGUAGCUAUGAGGGUCGAAAUAUCCCUGCUGGGGAGUCAUUCUGGGCCGACCAGGGCUGUCUGCGGAGGUGUAAAUGCGUUGCUGGAAGCAGACGCGUUGAGUGCCAGGAUAAAGGCUGCAGGGCAGGGCAGCAGUGCCAGGUGGUGGGUGGCAUCCGAGAGUGCCAGGCAGUCUCCCACAGCACCUGCCAGGCUACAGGCGACCCCCAUUACGUGACCUUUGACAACAAGAAGUUUGACUUCCAGGGCACAUGUGUGUACCAACUGGCUGCACUCUGCUCCAAGGACCCAGAGUUGGUGCCCUUUGAAGUGCUGGUGCAGAAUGAUCACCGGGGCCUCAGGGUGGUCUCAUACACAAAGUUGGUGGAGAUCAAGGUGCACUCCCUCAGCAUUGUCAUUACAAAGACACACAAGGGCCUGAUUAUGGUGAAUAAGGAGCUGGUCAACCUGCCUAUCACUCUGGAUGAUGGACGUGUAUCUGUGUUUAAGAGCGGCUGGUCUGCUGUGGUCAAAACAAACUUUGGCCUCAAAGUUUCCUUUAACUGGUAUGGUGCUGUGUUUGUAACGCUGCCAAGCAACUACAUGGGAGCCGUUUGCGGCCUCUGUGGCAACUACAAUGGCAAACCCCAGGAUGAUCUGACCCCAAAGAACGGUGAUAAACCUGUCCUACCAGUAGAUUUUGGCGUCAGCUGGCGAGUGGCAGAGAUCCCAGGAUGCGUAGACGGCUGCAAAGGGGUGUGUCCGAGUUGUGACAUUACCCAGAAGGUUCAAUAUGAAAAAGGCGAUUUCUGCGGUUUGUUGAGAGACCCCAAAGGACCGUUCCGUGACUGCCAUGCCAAAGUGGACCCAGCUGGCUACUUUGAAGACUGCGUUUAUGAUGUUUGCUUGUAUGAGGGCAGAAAGGAUGUGCUGUGUCAGGCUAUUACAUCAUACACAUCUGCCUGCCAAGCUGUGGGGGCCAAGGUGUACAGAUGGAGAUCCAUUCAUUACUGUGCGGUGAAAUGUCCAGUCCACAGCCACUAUGAAGUUUGUGCACCCGGCUGUCAGGCCUCUUGCCAUAGUCUGAUCCCUCCGCAGGGCUGCGAGGCUCAGUGUGAGGAGGGCUGCUCCUGUGAUGAAGGGUACAUCCUCAGUGGAGAUCGCUGUGUUCCCUUCUCACAGUGCGGCUGCGUCUACAAUGACCACUACUACCACAUCGGCCAAGUUUUUUAUCCCAAUGGGCAGUGUCAGGAGGAGUGCAAGUGCACACAAGAUGAUGAGGUUGUGUGUAAGAAGUUCACAUGUGGCCCUAAUGAGAAGUGUAAAGUGGAGGAUGGCGUGCACAAAUGUCAUCCUGUUGGUAAGGGUGUGUGCCACGCCUCUGGUGACCCCCAUUACCGCUCUUUUGAUGGGCGAACAUUCAAUUUCCAGGGCACUUGCACCUAUACACUCUCCAAGAGCUGCGGGCUGGAAGGCACCCACCUGGAGGCCUUCUCUGUGCAGGUGGAGAACGAGCGAUGGAACAAGAUUAUGAACAAAAUGGUGGCUGUCACCAAGCUGGUAGCUGUGGAUGUCUACGGCUUCACUCUCAUCAUCAGGAACAAAAUGUUUGGAGUCCUGGUAAAUGGGGUGUUUAACUACCUCCCUGUGAAUCUUAAUGACGGAGCAGUGCUGGUCUAUCAGGAAGGCUUGCGGUAUGUUAUUGCAACAGAUUUCGGACUGAUUGUCACUUAUGAUCUGGUCUAUCACGUGACUGUCACAGUGCCUGGGAACUAUCGUGGUAAGGUCUGUGGCCUGUGUGGCAACUUCAACGGUGAGCAAAAAGAUGACUUCCAAAUGCCGAACCGUAAGCCCUCCAACAAUGUGAAUGUGUUUGGAAAGUCAUGGAAGGUCACCAUCCCUAAUGUGGUGUGUGAGAACGGCUGCAAAGGGAAAAACUGUCCUGUAUGUGACCCGGCUCGCAAGGCAGUGUUUUCAAAGUCCACUUACUGCGGCAUUGUUACAGCCCCCAAUGGCCCUUUUGCAGCCUGCCACAGUAAACUGGACCCACAGCCAUACUUUGCUGACUGUGUGUUUGAUGUGUGUGCCUCCAACGGGGAUGGGAAGGUGCUUUGUAACAGCAUAGCAGCCUAUGCCUUCAACUGUCACAUGGCAGGCGUGGACGUCAAAGACUGGAGGACGCCUUCCUUCUGUCCCAUGAAAUGCCCAGCCAACAGUCACUAUGAGGUGUGUGCCGACGCCUGCUCUGCAUCCUGCGCAGGCCUCACAGAGAUUGUCCAGUGCUCCAGCAGCUGUACAGAGGGCUGUGAAUGUGAUACUGGCUUUUUAUUCAAUGGACAUGCGUGUGUUCAAGAGACAGAGUGUGGCUGCUAUGACAAUGGAAGAUCGUACAAGCCUGGUGAAGUGGUGUAUGAAGAAGACUGUAACACAAAGUGCACCUGCAAUCCAGAGACAGGCAUCGUCUGUGAAACACAUUCCUGCCCCCAAAGCACCAAAUGCAUGGUCAAGAAAGGAAUCAGGGCAUGCUACAACACAGAUCCCUGCAAAGAUGCCAAGUGUCGAGUCAAAGAGAAGUGCCAUGUUGAGAAGGGUGAAGCUGUGUGCGUCCCAGAGUACACAGGCACAUGCUGGGCUUGGGGGGACCCCCACUACCACACAUUUGAUGGUUUUAACUUUAACUUCCAAGGCACCUGCAAGUACGUCAUCUCCAAGACCUGCGGGAACCUGGAUGGUCUAAUGCCGUUCUCAGUCACUGAGAGGAAUGAUAAUCGUGGAAACACUGCAGUUUCUUUUGUCAGGGAGGUUGACAUUUCUGUGUAUGGGUACAACGUCACUCUCCGCAAGAACCAAGUUGGUCGGGUCACGGUGGACGGGGAGCAGCUGAACCUUCCUGUACAGCUGGACGAGGGACAGGGCGAGGUGUCAGUGUCUCAGCGUGGUCACACUGCAGUGGUGGAGACAGACUUUGGCUUGUCCGUCUCCUACGACUGGAACUCGAAGCUGGUCAUCAAGCUUCCCAGCAGCUACUACGCCAGUGUCUGUGGUCUGUGUGGCAACUUCAACGGUAACAACGGUGAUGAGCUCCAGAAUCCAGCCGGCAAAGCUGUCUCUUCAGUGAAAGAUUGGGGCAAGAGCUGGCAAACACCAGACAAGGACGAGAAGCAUCCCUGCUGGGACACGUGUGAGAAAAACUGUCCUACAUGUGACAGCAACCAGAAAAAGCUCUAUGAGUCUGGGGCUUUCUGUGGGGGCCUUGUAGCCAAGACCAAUAACGUGUUUAUGCCAUGUCAUGGAAAAUUGGACCCCCAGGCCUUCAUGAACAACUGUGUGUAUGAUAUGUGUUUGAAUAAGGGAGACAAAAAGAUGCUGUGCCAGGCCUUGGCCUCAUACAGUCAGCAGUGUCGUGAGGAAGGAAUAAUUAUCAAGGACUGGAGGAAAAAGUUUGGCUGCCCAAUGAGCUGUCAGCGUCACAGCCACUAUGAAAUCUGUACCAGCCCAUGCCAGCCAUCCUGCCCAUUCCCUGAUCAGAAGUCACCCUGCCCUGGUGCCUGUGUGGAGGCAUGUGUCUGUGAUAAGGGUCACGUCCUCAGCGCUGGCAUCUGUGUGCCUGCUAAAAGUUGUGGUUGCUCCUAUCAGGGCCGUUAUUACAAGCCAGGGCAGCACUUUUGGGCUGAUGAGGCAUGCGGUCGCCUAUGUGAGUGUGAUACGACCCUGGGCAUGGUGACUUGCCAUGAGGCUUCCUGCUCUGCCCAGGAGACGUGCACUGUAGUGGAUGGAGAGCGGGCCUGCCGACCCAUCAGUCACGCCACAUGCACAGCCUCAGGUGACCCGCACUACCGGACUUUUGAUGGCCGCCGGUUUGAUUUCCAGGGCACAUGUGUUUAUCAGCUGGUCGGACUGUGCUCGCAGCAGCCGGGGCUCGUGCCGUUCAAGGUGACUGUGCAGAACGACCACCGGGGAAGCAAGGCUGUGUCCUACACAAGGACUGUCACAUUCUCCAUAUAUGGCAUCACCCUCACCAUCAGCAGAGAAUACCCCCACAAAGUCCUGCUCAAUGGGCAGCUCGCUUCGUUACCAUUAGAUUACAAUAAUGAGCUGGUCGUGUUUCUUAGUGGCGGGACAGCCGUAGUGGAAACAGAUGCUGGUAUCACCGUGACCUUUGACUGGAGGGGCAGAGUGAGCGUUUCUCUGCCCAGCAACUACCAGGGCGCAGUCUGUGGCUUGUGCGGCAACUACAAUGGCAACGCUCGUGAUGACCUGACCAUGCGGAACGGCCAGACCAGCAAAAACGGAGCUGAGCUGGGAGAGAGCUGGCAGGUGGCCCUGGUGCCAGGCUGCUCAUCAGUCUGCCAGGGGGCAUGGUGCCAGGCCUGCUCCGACUCCCACAAGAAAAAGUACCAAGCCCAGAAAUACUGUGGUAUAAUCGCUGACCUGGCAGGGCCUUUCAGAGAUUGUCACAGUCGUGUAGACCCUGCUCCUUACCUGGAGGACUGUGUGUAUGAUGCCUGUCAGUACCAUGGCCACCAAGGCUCAGUUUGUGAUGCUGUGGGAGUCUAUGUCUCUGCCUGUCAGAGCCAAGGAAUCACCAUCCGCUCCUGGAGAACAGAUGCCUUCUGUCCAAUGGUGUGUCCAGCUAACAGCCAUUACACCCUGUAUGCCACGGGCUGCCCUGUCACCUGUGCCAGUUUAACCUCCCUCACCACCUGCCACAGGGCCUGCUCAGAGGCCUGCGAGUGUGACGAAGGCUACCUGCAGAGUGGGGAUACCUGUGUGCCCGUGAGAAACUGUGGCUGCUCCUACGAUGGCCAGUACUACAGGAAAGGAGACGUUUUCUACCCCGAAACAGAGUGUGUGGAGCAAUGCGUCUGUGGAGAGAACGGCGCAGUGUCUUGCCAAAAGGCCAAGUGUCGUGCAGGGGAGACCUGUAAGCUUGUAAACGGAAUGAAAGGCUGCCACCCUGAUGGGCAGGGCAAGUGUGUGGCAUCCGGAGACCCUCAUUACAUUUCCUUUGAUGGAAAGAGGUUUGAUUUCCAGGGUACCUGUGUCUACAUGUUGGCCAAGGUGUGUGACGAUGACAAAGGCCGGCUGACGCCAUUCAGCGUAACUCAGGGGAAUGAGAAGUAUGGAAAUGGAAAAGUGGCCGUUACCAAGUCUAUUGCAGUGGCAGUCUACGGUUAUGUCAUUUACAUCCAACAGAAAGUGCCAUGGAAAGUAACUGUGGAUGACGAAAUCCUAAACCUUCCUCUCUACCUGGACAAUGGGCGUCUCAGAGUCACUCAGGAGGGUCGCAACAUAAUAAUCCGCACAGACUUUGGACUGACGGUCCUGUAUGACACUGUCUAUUAUGUUGAGGUGAUUGUGCCUUCUACGUACCAGGGAAAGAUGUGUGGUCUUUGCGGCAACUACAACAAGAACAAUGGUGAUGACUUCAGGCUUCCCGGUGGCAGAAAAACAAACAGCGUUGAUGACUUUGGGAAGUCGUGGGUGGUGGACAUGCCAGGCAAUGUGUGUGGGGGCUGUGGAGGCCAGUGUCCAGUAUGUGAGCAGGCCAAGGCCACAUUGUAUGGAAAAUCGGACUCCUGUGGCUUCAUGAGUGCACCUAAUGGUCCUUUUAAAGCCUGCCACAGUAAGAUUGACCCAGCGGCAUAUGUGUCUAAUUGCGUUUUUGAUGUUUGUGCUGUGGGUGGCAACAAAGAUAAUCUAUGCAACAGUGUCCAGGCCUACGCUUUGGCCUGCCAGAGCGAAGGAGUUCAAAUCCAGCCAUGGAGAAGCAGCUCCUUCUGCCCUGCUUCCUGCCCUGCAAACAGUCACUAUGAGGUGUGUGCCGACACCUGUGGUGGGACCUGUGCCAGCUUUAUUUACCCGUUUACUUGUUCUGAAAGCUGCUUUGAAGGAUGCCAAUGUGACGCCAGCUUUGUUUCCGAUGGCAUGCAAUGUGUUCCCUUGGACAACUGUGGAUGUGUGCACAAUGGCAGAUAUCUAACGGUGGGCCAAGCAGUUGUGGACAAAGCCUGUACGUCCAAGUGUGUGUGCCAGGCCUCUGGGGUGGUGAACUGUGAGAAGCUGACCUGUGCCAGUGGAGACGUUUGUGGUGUAAGAGAUGGCGUAAGGGGCUGCCACGUCAAACAGGGCCACUGCAGCAUCAGCCAAGUUGGCCUCCUCACCUCCUUUGAUGGCAUGUCUGGAGCGAUAGGAGCUCAAGGGGCAUUUGAAGUGGCGUCUCUGUGCGACGAGACCGACAAGAUGUGGUUCCGCGUGGUUGUGGACGUCAGGGUCUGUAGCAAGGGUGCAUCUCCCACUGUCGCCACCUUGUAUGUGUUCUUUAAGGAAACGGUUGUCACAGUUAACAGCCAACAUGUGACCUGGGUAAAUGGCAGGAAAGUGUCUCUUCCCAGCAAAGUGACGAGUGACAUAUCUGUCCACAUCUCAGAGAAGACUGUGAUCAUUGAGAAGGCAUCUGCUGUACGGCUCACCUACUCACUUUCAAAGGAGGUCACAGUCAUUAUUGACAGUAGCCUGUCUGGUAAAAUGUGCGGCGCCUGUGGCAACUACAACAACAACUCCAAAGAUGAUAUGAGAACUGCAGAUGGGAAAAUCACCUCUGAUGUGUCUGUUGUUGUUGGCUCCUGGAGCGCCGGGGACUUUUCUAGAUGUGGUCUGUAGAGAGGUUGGUUCUGCGGUGGUGGAAAGCAUCUGCUAUACAGGAUGAAGAAUUUGAAGUCAUUUGGCAAAGGUUUCUUGUUUUAAGCUGGUUUUUACUCAUCAUACUUCACUACUUCCUUUUGAUUCAUGAAAUGAUAGUGGUUGUUUACUGGCCGUCUGCUCCUCUAUUGUUCACCUUGGUUUAGAGCAUUUUUGCUCAAUCCUGUCCAACAUCUCCAUCUAGCGGAAGAGAAAAUGAUAGCAUCUAUUUUCCAUGGAACAACCUGGAGCAACUGUCUUGUUAAACUGUCCUUGCCUUUUUUGAACAUUUUUAUUUUACAAUGUGUUUUCUUAC